CGGUUAUUCACCAGCCCAGAAUGCCUCAGGUUCAAAUCCAUCACAGAUGUCCGGAGGUCCUCCCAGUGACUACACUGCACCACCAGGAGCGUUGUCGGCGGCUGCUUAUGUAGCUGCUGCAGCAACAGCCACAGCCACAGCUACAGCCACCGCCAGCAUGGUGGCCAUUCAGGAACAGCAGAAUCAGCAGCAUAUGAAUAUCAACAUGCAGAUGAAUAUGAACAACCAAUAUGCACCUGGUUUGCAGAUGCAAACUGGUCAGCACCAGUAUGUUGGUCAGUAUCCGCCGGGCAUGCCCAACCAAAGACAUCCAAUGCCAAUGGGAGGAGGCACAUGUCCUGGACCCGGACCAAUGAAAUCAUCUAUGUCAUCAAUGUACCAUCGGAGACCUACACCCUAUCAUAACCCGUACAUGCAGAAGAGACAGAUGUACCCAAAUGGGACACAAAUGGAUCAGUUUGUCUCUGGUGGUCCUAGUCCGCAUGGUCCUCCUUACAUGGGACCUCAUCAGCAGUACCCCGGCAAGCCAGGCUAUCCACCUACUCAGCAGCCACUGCCGUCACCCACAUAUGGCAUGCCACAGCCCAUGGGAGGUAUGCGACCCGGAGGGCCUUCACCAUAUCCCAAUGGUCAGCACCCGUACAUGACACAGGGUCAGUAUGGACAUCCACAGAGGCCUCUAGGACCAGCGCCCAGCUACAGCCCCUACCCAGGACAAACACACAACAGUUUUCCUCACUCUCCCAUCCCUGGCAACCCCACACCGCCCAUCACACCUGGGGCAGUACCUGGUUACCCUGGCGACAUGAAGCCUGCUUACCCACCAGACAUCAAACCUAUGAUCAAAUCAUGUCCAGACGAGCUGAGGUUGACAUUUCCUGUGAGGGAUGGUAUCGUGCUGGCUCCGUUCAGACUGGAGCACAACCUGGCUGUCAGCAAUCACGUGUUCCACCUGAGAGACUCUGUCUACAACACUCUCAUGUACAGAUCUGACUUAGAGCUACAGCUGAAAUGCUUCCAUCAUGAGGACCGGCAGAUGAGUACCAACUGGCCUGCCUCAGUCACAGUCAGUGUCAAUGCCACACCCCUGAAUAUCGAACGGGGUGACAACAAAUCCACCCACAAACCACUAUACCUCAAGGACAUAUGCCAGGCAGGACGCAAUACUAUACAGAUUACAGUCACUGCUUGUUGUUGUUCCCACUUAUUUGUUCUCCAACUAGUCCAUCGGCCGAGCAUACGCUCAGUUCUUCAAGGUUUAUUACGUAAACGAUUGCUUCCUGCAGAACACUGUAUCACUAAAAUCAAAAGAAAUUUCUCCAAUGUUCCCCCGAAUAGUGCAGUCAAUGGGGAUGAUGGAGUUGAGCAGACGGCUAUAAAAGUUCCGUUAAAAUGCCCUAUCACGUGCCGAAGGAUAACGUUGCCAGCCAGAGGACAUGACUGUAAACACAUACAGUGCUUUGAUCUGGAGUCCUAUUUACAACUGAACUGUGACAAGGGCUUAUGGAAAUGUCCUGUUUGCAA